CGCCGCUGAAACGUUACGAAACAACGCGCGUUCGAUCGAUCUCUCAUCGAAGAUUAAUCCCUGCUUACUCGGACUCGUCGAAGCUUCGACGAAGGGCAUACGACGAGGCCGGCAAGCGAUUCGAGCUGUCGUCUCGUUCGAAUCUGACGGUUAUCGAUAUAGUUCAGUCGAAUUAGCCUUGGACGCAACGUUUAACGUUUGUCCGCACGCGUCGCCCUCAGCGAGUUGGUUGUUCAGGAGUUUCGUUGGAAGUAUAGGUUAAACGUUAAAGAAAUUGUGCAUCAAACAUGAUAUUUACUACGAAGAUAAUUUACAAUUCUGCACUCAGGCACACUGUGAAGCAGCUAUCUUUAGUUGAGCAUCUUGUUAAACACGAAUGUUAUGGUCAGUUACGAGCAGGGACAUAUUUAUCGGGUCUGAUAACGCAAAGGUUUUAUAGCGCGAAACAAGUGUAUAAUAGAAAUAAGCCCCAUUGUAACGUUGGUACAAUCGGACAUGUCGAUCAUGGAAAAACGACGCUUACAGCAGCUAUUACCAAGAUUCUUUCUGAAAUGGAACUCGCAAAAGCAAAAGAAUACUCUGAUAUUGAUAAUGCACCCGAAGAAAAAGCACGCGGUAUAACUAUUAAUAUCGCGCAUGUUGAAUAUCAGACAGAGAAACGUCAUUAUGGACAUACCGAUUGUCCAGGACAUGCGGAUUAUAUCAAAAACAUGAUUACUGGAACGUCACAGAUGGAUGGAGCUAUUCUUGUUGUUGCUGCUACAGAUGGUACCAUGCCACAAACCAGAGAGCAUCUACUUCUUGCUAAGCAAAUUGGUAUCAGUAACAUUGUUGUUUUCAUCAAUAAGGUUGAUGUCGCAGACAAUGAAAUGGUCGAUUUAGUAGAAAUGGAAAUAAGAGAGUUGUUAAGCGAAAUGGGUUAUGAUGGUAUAAACAUACCUGUUGUUAAAGGUAGUGCCCUUUGUGCGAUACAGGGUAAUAAUCCAGGUAUAGGACGGGAUGCUAUACUGAAAUUGUUAGAGGCUGUGGAUUCUUAUAUUCCAAACCCUGUCAGAGAAUUGGACAAACCUUUUUUCUUACCGAUAGAAAAUGUUUACUCUGUUACGGGUAGGGGGACGGUAGUUACCGGCAGAUUGGAACGUGGAAAAAUAAAGAAGGGCAUGGAAUGUGAGGUGAUUGGAUACAACAAAAUAAUAAAAAGCACAAUAACAGGAAUAGAAAUGUUUCAUCAAACGUUGGAAGAAGCCGAGGCGGGAGACCAAAUGGGUGCUUUGCUUAGAGGUUUAAAAAGAGAGGACAUCAGAAGGGGUAUGAUAAUGUGUAAACCAGGAAGCAUGAAAGCCUACGAUCAUUUAGAAUGUCAAAUGUACAUGCUGACUCCUGCGGAAGGAGGUAGAAAGAAACCUAUAAAUAAUCUCAUGCAAGCUCAAAUAUUUUCAAAGACCUGGGAUUGUGCAGCUCAGUUAAAUUUGCAAAUGAAGGACUUGAUCAUGCCUGGCGAAGACUCUAGUGUUACGUUAAAAUUGAUAAGACCAAUGGUGUGUGAAAAGGGCCAGCGAUUUACGAUAAGAGAUGGCGCGAUGUCUAUAGCAACUGGAGUAAUCACGAAUAUUUUGUCAAGUCUCAGCGAAACCGAACGAUUAGAUCUUCUCGGAGGUAGAAAGAAAACAAAGAAACAUGCGAAAGCAUAAUUCAAAUCAUUUACUGCAUUUGUCGUGCGUCAAUCAAUAAAACCAUGUAAAACUAGAUUCAACAAAUACACACAUUAUAUAUACUA